AGCUGGGAGUGGAAGCCAAACUUCUGCUACUGUCAGAAAAUUUGCCACACAGAAACAAGAGUGUCAUCAUUUUGACAUCUAACACUUUCGAAAUCUUCCUAGUUGGAAUCCUUUGUCCACUGUAGGACUCGGAUCAUGGAGGACAACCACCUUGUAAACAAUCCCAGAACAAAAAACUGGGGGGAUUCUAAACAAGCAGUUAGGGAACUGCGGCGUCAAAUCUCUUGUCUUUCUUCCAGAGUACCAUCAACAUUUUCCUUCAGACAGCUCUCUCCAUCACUAAUAAGGAUUUAUUUCCUAUGUUCCCCAUCAAAUGGACGAGAGACAACUCUUUUUUUCUGUGAUGUGGAUGCAACUCUUGCUUGGGAACUUGAAGGUUCUCCUCUAGUUUGGCAUGCAGCAAUAGACCCAAAUUUUCAAGUGAUGCCCACAGUUGGCAAAUUUUCUAAAGAAGAGCAGUUGCAGUGGGAAAGAAAGAGAUUAGUUACAUCUGGAAUUACUUCUUAUGAGCUUCAUCAUGAAUCUGGAAGGCUAAUCUUUCCCGCCGGUGGAUCUAUGUUCCAGUGCAUGGACCCAGGAAAUCAUAUCGUGAAUUUACAACCUAUCCAAUUAGAAACGAAUUGCGGUGGGGCUCGCCUUAACUGUCAAAUCUGCCCGAAUUUUUCCGAGUUAGUAGCCUUCGUAUCGAAUUCAGAUGUUUGGGUCGCGCACACCGAGUCAGGAAAUGAACAACGAUUAACAUGGGUCCAUACCAACAAAAAUAGCUUGGCAGCAGAUCCGUUAAGUGCAGGAAUCCCUUCUUAUGUUAUUCAAGAAGAAUUUUGCCGUUUUCAGGGCUUUUGGUGGCAGCCUGUAAUGACUGAUGGCAUUUUUCGAAUCCUUAUAGAAGAGGUGGACGAAUCCGAUGUAGGCAUAAUAAAGUUUCCGAGCUUCAACGGUGAUGGAGGGAUGGAAGAAUAUAGGUUCCCUCGAGCAGGAACUCCGAACGCCAAAUCGGAUCUAAAGAUGGUCACCUUUCAACUCAAUGAAAAGAACGAAUUUGUUGACAUUCAGUUACUUGAAUUGCCACAGCCCUUAGGAAUAAUGUUCCCGUCAGCCGAAUAUUUGACUCGAGCCGGGUGGACACCUCAAGGCGACCACGUCUGGGUGCAACUGGUUGACCGUUUGCAACAGAAACUUGAUUUGGUACUUAUUCCAGUCCACUUUUUCCGACCCUGUCGUGCCACACGGAGGGCUAAUUUUAUCGAAACCAGUACGUCAUUGUCUCCCAUAUGCCGUCUGCCAGCCCAGAUGUUAUGCAGUGUCUUCAGUCAAAAUUGGAUCAAUGUCCACGAUAUCCUGCAUUUUCUGCCAUUGGAUGAACCGGACAUGAUGCGAUUCAUUUUUGCUUCCGAAGAAACUGGCUACCGUCAUUUGUACCUUUACACAGUUCAGCUUGCUGUCUCCCCAAACAAGGCCUCAAUUACUGACGGAGUUUGCCGAGCCACGCAAGUUGAUAAACAACCAUUGACUAGCGGUGAAUGGGAAGUGCUAGACCAGUGGUUGUGGGUGGAUCAUAAAUUCGGACUGGUCUAUUUUAUGGGAUUGCGUGACUCUCCAUUGAGCUCUCACUUAUACGUCACAUCUUACAACCGACCAGGUUCAAACAUUGUUCGUUUGACACAGAAUGGCUACUCGCACACUGUUUCCAUGAAUAAGGAAUGCACAAUAUUUGUGACAGUCUACAGCAAUACUCAAUCGAUGCCAGCCUGCCAAGUAGUGGCCUUGGAACCUCCAGCCGAUUUAGUUCAUCCUGUACCCCUGGCUUUCUUAGUCGAACCAGCCCUUCCAGAUCAGUGGUAUCAGCCACCAGAACUAUUCAGUCACGUGAUCUCUUCCGGUGACAGACUUCACGGAAUGAUAUUUCGACCGCACAAUUAUCGACCCGGACAAAAGUAUCCAACCGUUCUCAACAUCUAUGGGGGCCCUGAAGUUCAGUUGGUCACAAAUACGUUCAAGGGUCUGCGACAAUUACGACUGCACAUGCUGGCCGCUCUUGGUUAUUGCGUCGUCACCAUUGAUUCAAGGGGAUCGCAAAAUCGCGGCGUCAACUUUGAGAGUCACAUCAAAGGACGAUUGGGCACAGUUGAGCUUCACGACCAAGUUGAAGUGUUGCAGUGGGUAGCGGAGACGAUGAGCUGCAUCGAUCUCAACCGCGUCGCAAUUCACGGCUGGUCAUAUGGUGGAUACCUCAGUCUCCUUGGAUUAGCUCAAUAUUCCCAUGUCUUCAAGGUUGCCAUUGCUGGAGCGCCAGUCACUUCAUGGAACUUGUACGAUACAGGUUACACCGAGAGAUAUCUGGGUCAACCGCAGACCAAUCAAAUCGGCUACAAGAACGGAUCCGUGCUGAGCUACGUGAACCAAUUCCCAGAUCAAGAAAACCGGUUGCUGAUUAUUCAUGGGAUGAUCGACGAAAACGUGCAUUUUGCCCACACUAGUCAGCUAAUCAAUGCUUUAGUUCGGUCUGGGAAACCCUAUCAGCUUCAGGUGUACCCUAACGAGCGCCACAGUUUGCGUCAUUUAGAUGCUAGCGAGCACUACGAAACCGUCUUACUUACAUUCUUACGCAAUUGUUUAUAGAAUGAAUUUAAAUGGGGAGAAUGGGAUACCUCUUGGGAACGAGAGAGUGGUUCUUAAUUUUGUGACAACCUAUUCGUUAACGAGUAUAACCUUGUGUUUGUAUGUGUCUUGAGUUUAUGUGACUGUGAUUCAUCCAUUGAUGCGCAUGUGUGUUGUCACUGCCAUCUUUAUCGCCUCAACGGAGGUUCUACAGUGUCUCAGUAUAUCGUCAGUUAAUCACUCCAGGACGAAGGGGGCUUGCUUCACUUCAAACAUUAAUGUAUAGUAGCAGUCCAUGAAGAAACGGCACUAUUUUUUAGCCACUCUAUUUUUGAUUUUUUGUUGAUUUCUUUCCAUCGUCUACGGUGUUACUGUGCGACCGCACGGCAACACAUUGACUCAACUGUUAUUUUGAGCGGUGCCGCACGGUCCUCGGUAGCUUUUUUUCCUUCUUUCUAUAUUCUUUUGUGCUUUUUGCGAGAAGAACAUUUGGGCUAAAACUCUUUUGAUGUUUAGGAAAAGGUUUUUGUCGCAUCUUGCAUCUGCAUUUUUCGCGCAUAUGCUUGUGGUGAUUAUAAAUUGGCAGUUGAGUUCUUUCGAGCCCAUGUUGUUUGGUUUGUUUCAUUUCUUGGCCCCCUUUCCUAAUAUUCUUGUUCUUUUACUUUGACGGCUACGCUGUACUAUUUUCUUUCAUAAAUAAAUUCAUCGCUAACUUCCA